AUGCUGAGCUCUCGACUUUCUACCUUGCAGCAGCACACCGCGAAGGCUCUGGUUCAAGGUACCCGCCAGUUCCACGCUUCGCGCACGGCGGGACGCGUGUUUGGCACGCAGCCCCUGCGCGGCAAGGAGGCGACGAACACAUUCUCGCCCAAGUACGAAGUGAUUGACCACACGUACGACGCGGUUGUGCUGGGAGCCGGUGGUGCUGGCCUGCGGGCGGUGAUGGGUCUGGCCGAGGCCGGAUUCAAGACUGCGUGUGGUGGUAUUAACGCGGCGCUGGGCAACAUGACCAAGGACGACUGGCGCUGGCACAUGUACGACACGGUCAAGGGCAGUGACUGGCUGGGCGACCAGGACGCGAUCCACUACAUGUGUCGCGAGGCACCGAAGGCGGUGAUUGAGCUGGAGCACAUGGGUCUGCCGUUCUCGCGUACGCCUGAGGGCACGAUCUACCAGCGGCCGUUCGGCGGGCAGUCGCUCGAGUACGGCAAGGGCGGACAGGCGCGGCGCACGUGCUGCGCGGCGGACCGCACCGGGCAUGCGAUGCUGCACACAAUGUACGGUAACUCGCUCAAGUACGAUGCGACGUUCUUUGUCGAGUACUUUGGACUGGAUCUGCUGAUGGAGGACGGAGUGUGCCGCGGAGUGCUGGCGCUGAACCAGGAGGACGGUACGCUGCACCGCAUCCGUGCGCACAACACGGUCAUUGCCACCGGAGGCUACGGCCGUGCGUACUUCUCGGCCACGUCGGCGCACACCUGCACUGGUGACGGCAUGGCGAUGGUGUCGCGUGCUGGUCUGCCGCUGCAGGACCUGGAGUUUGUGCAGUUCCACCCGACGGCAUCUACGGGCUGCCGCGGUGAAGGCGGCUACCUGGUCAACUCUGAGGGCGAGCGGUUCAUGGAGCGCUACGCGCCGACGGCUAAGGAUCUUGCAUCGCGUGAUGUUGUGUCGCGGUCGAUGACGAUGGAGAUCCGCGAGGGCCGCGGUGUUGGCCCCGAGAAGGACCACAUCUACCUGCAGCUGCACCACCUGCCGCCUGAUGUGCUGGCGGAGCGGCUUCCGGGCAUCUCCGAGACGGCCGGUAUCUUUGCGGGAGUCGACGUGACUAAGGAGCCGAUCCCGGUGCUGCCCACCGUGCACUACAACAUGGGUGGCAUUCCGACGCGCUACACAGGUGAGGUUGUGCGCCUGGCAGCGGACGGCUCGGACGAGGUUGUGCCUGGGCUGUACGCGGCGGGUGAGGCGGCGUCGGUGUCGGUUCAUGGAGCGAACCGCCUGGGGCCAACUCGCUGCUGGAUCUGGUUGUGUUUGGCCUUUGAGCGCAAUGUGCCGCACAAGGACAUGGAUGCGUCGGUCACGCACCAGUCGAUCAAGGACCUCGACUACGCGCGGACUGCGGACGGCGAGCACACGACGGCGGAGGUGCGUCUGAAGAUGCAGAAGACGAUGCAGAACCACGCGGCGGUGUUCCGCACGCAGGACGUCAUGGAGGAGGGUGUGGAGAAGAUGACGGAGGUGUCGCAGCUGUACAACAAGGUGCGUGUGUCUGAUCGGUCGCUGAUCUGGAACUCGGAUCUGAUCGAGACGCUUGAGCUGCGCAAUCUGCUGACGUGCGCGACGCAGACCAUCAACUCGGCGGUGGCGCGCAAGGAGUCGCGUGGUGCGCAUGCGCGCGAGGACUUCCCUGAGCGCGACGACAAGGAUGGACCGCCGGUCGAGCUCAAGUACCGUGGGGUGAUGGCCAACACUCUGGAUGAGAACGAGUGCAAGGCAGUGCCGCCGUUCAAGCGUGUUUACUAGAAACCAGACUCCAGCCUUUCUUUCGAAUAUGCCAAGCUACAACAAAAAAAUCGCAAACAGCAUUUCAUGGCAGAUGGAUGAGGAUUGGGAUGGUAUUGUUUGAAGAGGGAGAGGUGUUAGUUUGAGCCGCCGCGCAGGGCCAGUACCAGGU